AUGAUGCAUGUCUCUCUCGCUUUUUGGUCCUCAUGGGACUUGCUCCUGUGGAGUAUCAUCUUUGCCAUUAUACUUGGGAUCAGCAUUCUCUUUAUCAUAAUUGUCUCCCUUACAAUCUCCCAAAACACUGCUGUCUCAAAAGAUCGCCAACCGGGAUCUCCGACCCAUAUCUUGAUUGUUCUAGGAAGUGGAGGACACACAGCUGAAAUGUUUUACAUGCUCGAACAAAUGAAACUCGACCCUCAAAAGUACACGUAUCGGACAUACCUUGUGAGUUCCGGAGAUGGCUUCAGUGCCCGCAAAGCCAAAGAUUUCGAGACCAAUCAUAUACAAACGAAUGGAACUCACAACAAAAACUACACUAUUCUCACCGUACCCCGUGCUCGAAGAAUCCAUCAAUCAUACCUUACCGCACCAUUUUCAACGAUCCACUGCUUCUGGGCUUGUCUGAACGUUCUUCGCGGACGUCAUCCAGAGCAGCGACUUCCAGAGGAACACAAUUCUCCUUACCCAGAUUUGAUUCUGACAAAUGGGCCAGCUACCGCGGUCUGCGUGGUUGUUGCCGCGAAACUGAUCCGCUUCUUUCUUCAUCUGUCUACUUUCAGCUCAUGGCUACCAACAUGGUCUACAGCUCCCUCUGUGUCAAAGCUACGCACCAUCUAUGUCGAAUCUUGGGCCCGAGUGAGUACUCUUAGCACUUCCGGAGUUCUACUGUUGCCACUUGCCGACCGGUUCCUUGUUCAAUGGCCUACCCAGGCUGGACGGCGCGCCUGGUGGGGGAUGAAGAGAACACAAUACGCAGGAUGGCUGGUGAUCUAA